UUACGUUAUUGAAUUUCUAGGUUGAUCAAGAUAAGCGGUAAUCUUCACAUAUUCAAUAAAAAUUGGGAGGAUAAUUCAAUAUACAUUCUUAUUUAAAGUGAGCUGCUUUAUUUUUUGGUUUAUAAUGGGUGAUGCCAAUAAUUUUCCUUCCCUCAAAAACGAUUUAAUUAUCCGUGCUGCUUGGGGUCAACCCACUGAAAAAGUUCCGGUCUGGAUUAUGCGACAAGCCGGUAGAUAUCUUCCUGAAUUUCAAGAAUUUCGUAAAAAGCAUUCCUUUUUUGAAAUAUGUCGCACUCCAGAACUUGCAUGCGAAGUAACUCUGCAGCCACUGCGUCGUUUUGAUCUGGAUGCCGCUAUAAUAUUCUCUGAUAUUUUAGUUAUACCCCAGGCAUUGGGAAUGGAAGUCGAAAUGAGACCUGGAGUUGGGCCUGUUUUACCAGAUCCUCUAAAAGAACCAAAUGAUCUGUCGAAAUUAACGUAUCCUUGUGAUGUUCAAAAGCAGCUUGGGUAUGUCUUUGAAGCCAUUACUCUCACUCGACAUACUUUAGAUGGUAAAGUGCCUUUAAUAGGGUUUGCUGGUGCGCCUUGGACCCUUAUGUGUUACAUGGUUGAAGGAGGAGGUUCUAAGACCAUGUCGUUGUCCAAAGGUUGGCUUUAUAGAUGGCCUGAAGAAAGUCACAAGUUACUUAAGAUCCUGACAGAUGUGAUUGUGGAAUAUCUUGUUGGGCAAAUUAGAGGUGGUGCGCAGCUUCUCCAAGUGUUUGAAUCAAAUGCUGAAUAUCUUGGACCGAAGUUGUUCAAUACAUUUUCUUUGCCUUAUUUGAAAGAAAUUAAAGAACGUGUCAAUCAGUUAGCUGCAGAACAAAACCUUCCCAAAGUGCCUAUGAUUCUUUUUGCUAAAGGGUCAUGCAAUGUGAUAGGUGCAAUAUCUAAUGCUGGCUAUGAAGUGAUCAGUUUGGAUUGGACAAUUAAUCCCAAGGUUGCUAGGGAAACAGUUUCAUCUAAUACUUCUCUUCAAGGAAACCUUGAUCCAUGUGCUCUGAAAGCUAGUGCGCCAGAAAUUGAAGACAUGGUUAAAGAAAUGAUUCAAAGCUUUGGGACUCAAAAAUAUAUAGCAAAUUUAGGACAUGGGAUAUAUCCGGAUAUAAACCCUGACAAUGUUAAAGUUUUUGUUGAUAGCAUACAUGCGGUUUCUGAUAAACAUAACAAAAAGAAUUUUUGAAAUCUGUUAUAUAUUUUUACUGUUGAGAAAAUCUUCAAGAAAUUAUAUAUUUAUUUUUGAAUAACAUUUUAUUAGUAAUGAUUGUUAUUUUUUUAAAUAGUAUAAAUGAUAUUUAUAUUUUUCACAAUAAAUAUACUUAUUUCAAAAUACACAACUUUUUAUUUUAGAAAUUUUUUUUGGUUUUAUAAGUACUUUUUAAUUUGUAUUUUAUUAAUCAUAUAUUCAUAAUUUUUUUAAUAAAAUUUCUUUAGUUUUAUUCUAUAUAUAAUUUGCAUCUAAUUUAUUAUAAAAUUUAAUGUUUGGAUCUGAUAAAAAAUAGCAUUAUUUGCACUUAUUGGAGUCUAAAAAUUGAAUAAACUAUAUGUUUUGAAUUCCAUCUUUGUUUCAGUGCAAGGGAGAAAGAACUGGACACUGAGGGACUAUAUUUUAAUCUAUUCUAUACUUUGCAUUAUGUUCUUUAGGUAGUAAUUGUUAUUUACAUUUCAUUUUGGUUCUUAAUAUCAAUUGAGAUACUGGUAUUAUAUAUAAUUAUUUUAUUUAGCAUAAUAAAGAAAGUUUUUUUUUUAUUAGUGAAUGUUUUGUUAA